AUGGUUGUCAUCGCCAAAUCGUCGGCUAAGAAGGGUGAAAAGUCCAUUCUUCCCCUGGUGCACCCACAACCGGAUGCCACCCCGACCGCUCCGGCCGAGGAUGGCAACAACUCGACCGCAUCGAACAUCAUUCUGCUACGCCGUGGUCGGCAACUGAAGCCGGCUACCGCGGCGAUCCUACUGCUGGUGGCACUGUUGGGCUUUUCCAUCGGUACAAUCGGCGGUCUGUUCUAUUACCGCCAGUAUGCGCAGGCCCGGAACCAUAUGCGCUACCAUGGCUUCUGCAAGAUCCCGUACGAUGCGAGCAACUUCGAAUCGCUGUACCGCUCGAUGAAUGCUGACCGUGACAUGGAGAUCCUGCGCCAGUUCAACAUGUUCCAGAUGCCGAAAGCCCUGAACCAGGAUGCUUCCACGGAUGAUUCGCAGUCGACCGAGAAUGGAUCGAACGGAAGCGACAACAACGAGGAGUUCUUCCGUGAAGAGUUCGAGCUGGGACUGUCGGACGACGAGAACUACUCGAAGAUCGAUGUGCCGGUGUUCCGUGGCCAGCGUCCGGCCCGGUUCCUGCACGAUUUCACCUUUAACCAGUCGGGUAUCAUCGAUAGUGCGGCUCGCCGUUGCUUCAUCAUGCCGCUCGAUCGUGAAACGGUGCUGCCACCGCAGUCGUUGCGCGAUCUGGUCAUGAAGAUGCAGCUCGGCUACUACAACAUCGAUACGAGCGUGCUGAAGAAAACGAUGCGUGUCGUCAUGCCGGAGCUGACCGAUUUUACCGAUGUUUCGCCGCGCGUCACCAAAGAGUGCGUUGACAUGAAGAUCUACCAGCUGGAGAAGAUCGUCAGCGGAGUUUACAAGCGUUCGACCGACAUCCAGGAGCGCGCCAAGUUUGCCGAGUUCGGUGGAAACCACAUUUCACUCAUCGACAUCGCAAAUCUCGAUGAGCUGAACUAG